AGAUAAAUGAUGUAACACAGAAAGUUCCGGAACGGCUAAAGGUCGCUAGAUUAAACCGUUUAGCUCAAGACGAGUAGCGACGUUACAUCUGAAACUUACCGAUAACAGCACAUUUUGAAGAAUAACUUGUUUAAUUUGACACCAUGCCGAGAGGAAGCAGAAGCCGAACAUCGAGAAUGUCUUCUCCAGCAAGUCGGGCACCACCACCGCCACCCCCUCCUUCUCGUGCUCCUGUACCGAUGCAGGCGCCUCCGUCCGCCAUGGCUGCUCCAGCGGCAGCCCCCAGGCAGCCCGGUAUGUUUGCCCAGAUGGCGACAACUGCUGCCGGGGUAGCGGUAGGUUCUGCGGUCGGACACACCCUCGGACAUGCAAUGACAGGAGCCUUCAGCGGGGGUAGCUCUGAGCCUGCGCGGCCUGAUGUCACAUAUCAGGAGCCCAAUCAGGCCCAGCCAUAUCAAACACAGUCCCCCUACCAGCAGCAGAAUACCGCACAGCAAGCAUGUUCCUAUGAGCUCAAGCAGUUUAUUGACUGCGCUCAAUCCCAAAGCGAUUAUAAACUCUGCGAGGGCUUCAGCGAGGUGCUCAAACAAUGCAAGUUUGCGAAUGGGCUAUCUUGAAUUGCAUCCGGAAACCUUGGAGGGGAGGAGACAGUAGACUCACUAAUGCCGGACAUCGUAAUCUAAUUGAGACCUGUUAAAUAUACGUUUAUUCUUCUGACAAUAUCAGUUCAGUUCAGUCAAAAAUCUACAAAAGAGCUAGUAGUCACAUGUUGAUAAAUAUUGCUGUUUUGAGUUGAUUUUGCUUGCAUGUCAUUAUUUGCCGUGCUGGGUAUUCCUCUAUUGUAGAAAUGAAAAUAUUAAAGCAUUUGGAUCAUGAAGACAAAAACAAGAUUCCAAUGAUUUGUCUCAUAAUUUAGGGCAUUAACACUAGUAAACAGCACGCAUUUAAUGUCACUGGAGUCGAACCCACUGUGCAUAGUAUCAUGCAGCAUGGACUUGUCAUGCAAACUGGUUAAUGGUUUGCCAGUUAACAACCAGACAAGUGGGCAGUAAGUACACUCUGUCGUCACUGCUUGUCUCAAGACACUCAAUGAAGGCUUUUUGUGGAUACUACUUGUGUGGUGUGUGAGGGUGGUGAACCCUACAGGGCACAAAUAUUACCCACACAUGCAUAUUUUGUCAUGGUUAUGCAUACAACUUUACAAUACAUAGACCUGAUAAAUAAACGGUUGCUACUUUGAGAA